CGCUCCCCUGGGUCACGUGCCCAAGAAGCGGCGCCGCGGAGAUGGCGGCCCCCCGGCGUGAGGGGCGUUCCCAGACAACUGGGGCGCAAGAUGGCGCUGCCCGUAGCGCGUGUGCUGCGUCGUUGGGGACCUGAAUGGUGGGGGGCCACGGCCGCCGCCACACGGAGAGCCAUCAGUUUCAAGCUAGAAGAAAAGACGGCUCAUACCAGCCUAGCCCUCUUCAGGGGGGAGACCGGUGUUAAGUAUGGCAUGGUGGGGCUGGAGCCCACCAAAGUGGCCCUCAACGUGGAACGCUUUCGGGAGUGGGCCGUGGUGCUGGGUGACACAGCGGUCACCCAGGGUCGGCACUAUUGGGAAGUAACAGUCAAGAAAUCGCAGCAUUUCCGAAUAGGCGUGGCGGACGUGGAUAUGCCUCGGGAUUCCUGCAUCGGCCUCGACGGGCAUUCCUGGGUGUUCACCUAUGCUCACCGAAAGUGGCACGCCAUGUUGGUCAGCGAGAGUGCCCCCAUAACGACCAUUGGCCAGCCUGAGAAAGUGGGGCUGCUGCUGGACUAUGAAGCACAGAGGCUGAGCCUGGUGGAUACAAACAGGACUACGGUGGCGUACUCCUUACGGACAGAGUUCCGAGGCCCAGUGGUGCCUGCCUUUGCCCUUUGGGAUGGAGAGCUGCUGACCCACUCGGGGCUUGAUGUGCCUGAAGGAAUCUAGCGUGGAAUCUAGAGCCUUUCCCUGAAGCCCUUUUCUCAUGUCCAGCCCAGUUCAUUCCAGUUCUCACACCUAGUCAGCCAACAACGUCGGGCACUUGUGCAAUACUUUCAAUCCGUCUGCUAUUCUAUUCCUUAUAAGGAAGACAGCUCUCAGUUCUGUGGACACAUAUAUAGUAGCCUGAUUUUGGUGGAGACCAGUUUGGUUAGGGAGAAUAACAUCUGGGUCUCCCAUUGAGCCACUUGCCAGUCUUAGAUUUUACCUGUUCUGAAAGUUUGCCCUUGCAGCUCUGCUUUAACUUCAUUACUAUAAUUCUACUUGAGACGUAAACCAAGAUGACUCUUUCCCAUUUUGUUCAUAUUUGGAUGCUACUAGUUCUGUGUUUUAUGGCUUUACCAAAUUUCUGCAGAAUGAGCCCUUUAUGUGUGGCUAGAGGAAUGGCAAAGUUGUCAAUAUAUCAUUACCCCUUUGUCUGUGGAGUACAUGGAGUCUGGACUUUUAACUCAUUCACACAAGUGCUUUAUUGACUCAGUAUGCUGAAGCCUGAGAACAUGGCCCUGACCCCAACAACUUCAUAACCAUAUAACCUGUUAGCUCCACAUAGCUGCAAACUGUUCCCAUCUGUGAGUCUUUCUGCCUCUUCAUAUUCCUACAUCUAAUCAAUCAGUUAAAAUUGUGGCAAUGAAGAAAACUUGGGGGUUAGCUAGAUUAUUAGUCAUGGGAACUGGCAUUCUUGGGGGUACUAUAUUUACAAACAUUUCCCUCCUUUAGGAAUUUUGAAAAGGGGUUAAUGGGCAGGAAGUCACAACAUGUUUGGCAGAGACUUGGAAAUUUUCAGCUUUAAACUCAAAUGCUAAAACAAAUAGUAUUCUUUGGGUCAUGGACUCAUUAUCCCCUUCACCCUAAUUAUAAGAAUGUGAUUUUUGCCUUUUCCCUAUAAAGUAAGAUUUGAAAUAUACAUUUUGGCUAAUACCGUAUAAAUAUACAUUCUGUACAUUGUCUAGCCUCUCCUACUGUAAUAAUGGUGGCUAAACACCCUUCAUCAAAGGAGAAAGGGAGAGGGCUGGGUUUAACAAAAAUAUUGAUUUGUGUAAUUAAAAUUUUAUUUGAUCACAAAAUACUUUCUCUGUCUAUAAAAGAAUUAUUAGCAGCAUUAUAUCCUAGCUGAAGGGGGUAUAGUACCUUCAGCCUCCUUGAAACCAGUUUCCUCAGCUUUCCCCAUUUCUCCUCUGUUUUCUUAUUAAGAGGUGUAGGAACCCAGGGCUCUUCAUCAGUGCACACUUCCUGUCUUUAAUAUAUUUCUUCCACCGAGGAGUCGGGGAGAAGAAACCAUACAGACAGUUCUCAAAUUAUGCAAAUUCAACUUCUGUCAGCCUGUAAUUCAGGCUUCCAGCAAGCAGGGGCAGGGGCUGUGUGUCAAGGGUCCUCCACUAUAGGCACUGAAGCCACUCUGGCUGGGGGUGUGGGAGGGAAGAGGCAGCCUGUAUAAGGAUUCACUUACUUAAAGGAGAACUGACUAAGAGGAAACCUAGGUAAACCCUCUGGGAAUGCUAAAAGAGUCAAAAUACUUACUUGCACCACACAGAAACCCAAGCCUUCUGGCCAAAA